CCCAGCCCCAGCCCCAGCCUCAGCCCUGGGUGCUUUGAGGAAGCACCUUCCCCUCCCGUCUCGCUCUGCUCCACACUCAGCUCCAGCCCGUCAUCCAGCAUUCAACUCUCACACUCUCCUCAGCUACUCCUGCUGCUGCUGCUGCUGCUGAGCCAGGGACUGCUGCUGUUUACCCAGCGCCGCCUGACAGCCCUCGCCUGUGCCACGCUCUGGAUUAUCACAUACACACACUUGGGCAGAGAGCCACACACACACACACACACACACACACAUAGAGACACAUAGAGACACAUGUAUAUAUGCACACACUUUACUCUGCGCUAUACUUUUUGAGCUUGUUGUUUAGGACACCCUUUAUGAAGUGAGAAGAAAUCUACUGGAAUUUUUGCUGGAAGUUUUGGACCGGGAUCUUUCUGACUUUGGAAGAGGAAAGACUUUGGGUCUGUCUGUGUUUACAUCUCUAGAGGCGUGUAAAAAGAUUUUUUCUCCUUUUCUUUCAGUUUUCAAAAGAUCCAACAUCAUUUGUUCAUUUCGUAGACAGUGUGUGAGCUCGAAAUCAAGCUAAUGACAGAUUUAUCUUAGACACCAAUUAGUCUUAUUACUUUGCAGGACAUAUUUUAUGAAGUGAAGCAGGAAUUUUUUAAAGUUUUUUUAACUUUAUUUAUUAGCUCUUACUAUUAAGGCUGAGCCUCUGCUUUGGGGUGUUUUUUGAUUUUUUGUAGUUUUAAUUUUUUUAAAUGAGGAGAUAAAGUCUCGUUUGGGUGUUUAGGUUUGUUCUUUUGCAUGCAAUGGAUCACAGUCUGUUCGGCUGCCUGCGCGGCCCUCACGCCCCCCCUCAGGCCCUGCACCCGGCCUUUGCCCUGCACGGACGCUCCGAGCACCUCUCCUACCCUGACCUUUCCUCGUCCUCCUGUAUCGUGAGUGGUUACCCAGGUCAGGAUGGGCUCUUCGGGGUCCACGGGCACCAGCGUGGACCCCCCAUUACCGAGCAGCAUCACCCUCCACCCCAGCCCCAGCAGAGCAGCUGGCACAUCCCGCAAAUGCCCAGCGCCUCUUCGGCCAGUUCCCGCCUGGGCCUGGGCAUGACAGGUCCUGACUCGGGCUCCUCAGACAUGUCCCCCGGGGGGCCCAGCCUGUGUGCCAGCACUCCCAGCCUGGCUGGAGCCGUGCCCUCCGGGGCCUCCUGCCUGCCGGGUGGAGAUUUUGGGCGGCAGACGCUGUCUCCAGCUGAGGCAGAGAAGAGGAACGGCAAGCGGAGGAGUGACAGCUCAGAAUCCCAAGAUGGGAAUUACAAAUCAGACACGAGUAGCAAACCCCGCAAGGAGCGGACGGCGUUCACCAAGGAGCAGAUCCGCGAGCUGGAGGCAGAAUUUGCUCAUCACAACUAUUUGACCAGACUGCGGCGUUACGAAAUAGCAGUAAACCUGGAUCUCACAGAAAGGCAGGUGAAAGUGUGGUUUCAGAACAGACGCAUGAAGUGGAAGAGAGUGAAGGGUGGACAGCAGGGGGCGGUGGCCAGGGAGAAGGAACUGGUGAAUGUGAAAAAGGGGACCUUGCUGCCUUCAGAGUUCUCGGGCAUCGUUGGACUCCACCACACAGCGGACUCCUUGGUCAAUGAGGACAGUCAUGACAGUGACCAGAGCUCUGAGCAUGCUCAGUUAUGAUACAGAGUAGACACACUUGUGCCUGAGAUGUGGAUUUGUUGCUACAGUGGCUAAAGGUGGUCGAGGCUGCUCUUUUUUUAAUGGAGAGACUGAAAAUAGGUCAGCAGGUCAGGGCCUCUAAUCCCUGGGAAGGAAGACUGUGCCCCAUGUCUUCUCUCAGGAACGUCCCUAUAAGGACUGCUGAUAGCUGAUAGCUUAGCGACAACGUGUAUGUGCACAUGUACAAAGAACUGAUGAAACUGUGUAGAAACUGACCCAUGACAAUGCAAAAAACGUACAUAGUCUUUAUGGCAGGACUGUGCCAUAUACAGUACUUUGGAAUUAGGAGGCUAAAAUACAUUUCAUGGUUAUCAGAUGAGUGUCAAAGUGCCUUGUCAUAAAAUGACAGUCAAACAGAGUUUGCAGGCGGAAUAUUGAAUUGCUGAAGAGAAUAUGCCUCAUAUGUUUCAUGUACAUGAACAAUCUUAAAGAGUUUAAAAGAUUUUGUUCUGUAAAAAUCAGAUUGACCCAUUUUUACCCUCAGAUUUUGGCUGAUUAUCUGUGUUCAGGGUAAAGCAGAAAGGAUUUUGCACUGGAGCCAGGCGGCUAACAUGUGAUGGAAAUCUGUGUCACCCAAAACCUUUUGGGUGGCAAAGACUUCCACUGGGGACUUUUAUUAUAUUAGAUGUAAUAUAAUAAAAGUCAGUAAUAGAUUUUAUAUGUCUCGUUAAAUUGUUCUAUUAUACAAUGGAAAACAUAUUAUUUGGCUCUUUAAUAUCACCAAAAAGAGUUCCACUAUUGUUAUGAGGUAAACAAUUCCAGUAUAAUAGAAAACCCAUUUUUGUUAGAGCAUACAUUAAACAUAACAAUAUAAAACCUCAAAUCAGAAAAAGUUGAAACUGAGUGCAAACCCAAGAUAUUUCAUCAUACAUAAAUAUACAUCCUUUUCAUCCAAUUCUGUACUUUUAAUAACACUGUUUUCUCACAAAGGAACUGAACUGAAAACUGAACACCCGUGAUCUCUGUAGUGGAAAUGCAUUAGGAACUGUUAUUUAUUAAUAGCUUAUAGAACCACAUGGACAAGGGAUUACUUUGGCCAACCAAAUAACACUUUUUAACAGUAUAAAGAGAAGCCAUAUAUUAACCAUACCCAGAACUGGUGUCAACCUCAAGUAGGGCUAAGAGGCAUUAAAAAACAGGGUCUGUCAUGGUGUAGGGUUGUGUCAGUACUCUUCGGUAAUGGCAGCAUUGAUGCAGGAAGAUCUUUCCAGGGAUGUCCGUACAUUUUUCAACAAGAAAAUAAAAAAAUGCUACACAUUUUAUAAGGGCAUGGCUGUGGAGGAAGAAGGAAAAAGUAACAAGAUACUGUAACGUUGUACACGAUAAGAUGCAUUUGCAAAAGGAAUGGGACAAAAUUAAUGCCACUGUGUGCCAAGUUUUCUCUUAAGUGUGGUACGUAAGAAUAGCAACAAUACAAAGUGGUAAAUAUUUUUUUGGGAAUGUGUUGCAGGCCUGUUGCUCAGACAAAACAUGAGAUAUUUUGAGUUAUUACUUUUAAUUUUAUUUGCAUUUUCCAUUCUGUCCCAACUUUUGUCUGAUUUGGGGUUGAAUAUACAGUACCAGUCGAACGUUUGGACACACCUCGUCUUAUUUGAUGCGUUUUCUUUUUUUUUAAUGAUUUUUUUUACAUUGUAAAUUUAAUAAUGAAGUUAAACAGGAACACAUGUUGAAUCUUGAAGGAGUUUCUGGAGGUGCUGAACAAUAGUUGGCUGCUCUCAUUUACGCAAUCACAGUUGAUCAGGUUUAAGUCAGGGGAUUGUAAAGGACAAGGACUUUUUACUGUUUACUACGCAAUUCUAUAUGUGUCUCUUAAUUGUUUUGGAGUCUUUAACAUUAAUCUCUAAUGUAGAUAAGAUAAGGUGUGUGUCAGGCGAUGCAGGAGCAAGAAGAGGAUGUGGAAAGCGUUUAUUACGAAACAGAAAUCCAAUAACAAAACAGAAAUAAAAAGAGAUAAACAAAACAUAGAAACAGUGAAUACACAGAGAAUAGGAACUAAGGGAACCUCAACAAAACAGACGUAAAGACAACAACACUGCAACAUUGACACUGGGACAAAGGGACUAUUUAUACACAUAGACGAAAAAGGGAACACCUGGGGACAGGUAACGAGGGAGUUACAAAUUAAUCAUGUGAGGAACACAGGUCUGGGGCAGAGACACGGAGGUACACAGGCCACAUGCAGGGGAAGGUAAAUAAACAAACAAACAGGAGGGCGGUAAAAACACAGAGACAGAACAGAAGUUUGUUUGUUUGUUUGUGUUUUGUGCCAAAUCAGCAACAUAUUGGCUAUUUUAUGGCAUGGACAAUGUUUGUGACUUGAGCAUCACCGACUUAAAUCAAUUUGUUUAUAUGAAAGAAAAUUCCAGAAAAUUAAAUAUUUUAGCUGGUGGAUGUUUUUUUUUUUACUUUUUUUUAUAUUUGUAAGUAACCCUAUAAAAGUUACAGAACUGAAGAGACACGGAAUAAAGCCAGGACGGGACAGUGUGUCCAAACUUUUACUGGUACUGUAUAUUAUACUACUAUAGACUAUUAUUAUAUUGCCCUCAUAAAUCUGGAAAAAUAAAGAAGCUAACGCAUUGGCUGAUCAGUCAUAUUUAGAGUCAGGGGAAAGACUGGGUUAAUUUAAUUUUUCACUGAACGUCUUCUUCAACAGGAAUGUAAUGAAAUGAAACUGAGCAGUAUAAAAAGUUUUGAGCUUUAAUGUGGUCAAGUAUUUGAACAUUCCAUGUCAUGUGCCUUUUACUAAAACACUGAAAGGAGGUCAGUCUGUGUUUUGGUUUGCACUGUUAAAUCGUGCCUUCGGUGAUUUAUACUGGCUGUUCUGAAACUCUCAAUGUAAACAAAGCAAGGAUGCAAUCAAGCCUUUGGGAGAAUCAGAAAGUUUUCCAGUUGUGUAAAUAUCAGUAUCAGUAUUUUCUUACCACACAUCUGAUGACGAUUUUAAUGCAGUCUAUACUACUUUCAUUAUAAAUAAAAACACCUUAUGUUGCUU